CUUCCUGAGCUGGACUGCAUUACUUUAUCCUGUAGUCACCAAACUUCUGCUUUCUGGGAAACUCUUCUUAAAGACAGGAUGAAAGACAGAGCACAGAAACACUGGUCUUUCAAGGCAAAGGAGUAUAGGAAUUAAUCAAGACGUCAUCAUGGGAGGUCAAAAUUCAACACACAAGAAGCAAGCAAGAGUUGUGAUGAUGGGUCUGGACCUUUCUGGAAAAUCAACUAUUUUAUAUAAACUUAAAAUGAAUCGUACGAUGGAGACUUUUCCUACUGUGGGGUUUAACGUGGAAUCCUUAGAAAUGGCUAAAAAUAUGUCAGUAACCAUUUGGGACGUUGGUGGCCAAGACAAACUUAGAUCGAAUUGGAAAGAAUAUCUCGAAGACACAGAUGCCCUGAUCUUUGUGGUUGACAGUUCAGAUACAAGCAGACUACCAGAUGCUAGAGCAGAGCUACAGACUGUCCUGAAGGAUGAGAAUAUGUCUGGAGUUCCAUUCUUAAUUCUGGCCAACAAACAGGAUGUGCCUGGUGCUUUGUCUACAAAUGAACUGUUACAAGGUCUCAAGCUGGGAAGCUAUGAAGACAGAAGUUGGGAGAUUCAAGGCUGUAGCGCAUACACGGGAGAAGGUCUUGCUGAAGCCAUGAGUGCAGUGUCACGUCUACUAAAAAGGGCAUAAAACUCCAAAUGGCUGUUUAAUUUUAUUUGUGGCUCUUUCAUAUAUGUAAAAUAUCCAUCAAAAUACCGUAUUCAAUCAUGGUUUACAAGCCGGUAGAUGUUACAGGUUUGAGACUCUGGGAGUUUUACACAUUUCAUCGUAUAAUUAUCUACAUGGAUUUUACUUGAAUAAGCCAUGUGUUAUAAAAUGAUACAGAAAAAAGACGAUCUAAACUCCAGUGAGUUUGUUUACACUUCUGCUAUAUGAUGUCAACAUUAUGUGUCAUACUGUGGUAUACAUAAUUUUUGUUAAUGAGUUAAUAAUGAGUAAUUAAAAUUGCAUUUAGUUAUGUUUA